AUGUUCGGUAUCGGCGACGACGACGAUGGCGAUCAGUGCCCCACGCACAACCUCACUGCCCGCGCCAAAAAGACCUUCAUCGCCGGCCUCACUUUUCAAGAAUUCAACCGCAUCCUCGCCGGUGCCUGCACAGCGCUGGCCUGUCUCGUCAGCUUCGUCCACAUGUGGCGCCAUGCCACUCACCUAUCUGUCCCGCGUCAGCAAGUCAAGGUCAUGAGAGUCAUCUCCCUCGUGCCCCUCUACGCCAUCGUCAACUUCCUCUGCAUCUGCUUCCCUCAGGCCCAAGUCUACCUCGACCCGAUCCUCGAGCUCAUCCAGGCGCUAUGUCUCGCCUCCUACUUUAUGCUCCUCUGCGAGUACAUUUCUCCCCACAACGAGGGCCGCGACGGCUUCUUCUCGCAGAUUGAGAUCAAGGACAAGAAGGCCGAGGGUGGUGUUGUUCAAGAUGGUGUCAAGUGGUUCGCCCAACGCUGCGUCAUGAUCUUCCAGUACCCCGUCAUCGCGCUCGGCGUCGCCAUCGCCACCAUCAUCACCCAGGUCGCCGGCGUCUACUGCCAGUACGAGAGCCAGACCAACUUCGCCAAGCUGUGGCUCAGCAUCGCCACCACGCUCUCCUCGGGCAUGGCCAUCGCCGCCGUGCUGCUCGUCGCCGUCCAGCUCAAGACGCACAUGCCCAACCUCAAGCCCAUGACCAAGCUCAUCGCCAUCAAGCUCGUCGUCGGCCUCGCCUUCCUCCAGCAGAUCCUCUUCUGGAUCCUCCAGAGCACCCACGUCCUCAAGGAGACCGACACCCUCACCUACGCCGACCUGCACUACGGCAUCCCCUCCCUGCUCAGCUGCCUCGAGAUGGUGCCCAUUUCGUUUGUCGUCUUCUGGGCGUACCCGGUCGGGCCGUACAAGCUGGAGCACCUGGUGGCCCGCGGCGCGGAGCGCGGCGAGGCGCAGAAUUGGGCGCCCACGUCGUACCAGGGCGGUAUCCUGGGUAUCUACGCCUUCAUCAGCAUGCUCAACCCGUUUGACGUGAUCAAGGCCACCUUUGCGGCGUUUGCCGUCGGCGCGCGCGACUACGCAUCGGCCAAGUUCGACCGCAACGACAGCGGCGGCGGCAAGGUGUACGCGACCGGCCCGGGCUACCAGCAGCCCCCGACGCAGUACCGCCAGGACCACAGCUACGGCGGUGGCCAGUCCCGCGGCCCGGCAGGUCUUGCGCGUGAAGCGCUGAACCAGUUCGGUCCCGGCCGUCACAAUGGCCGAAACGGCUACAACAACAAUGGCUACGGCCGCCAGAAUGGUCGCGGCUACGACCACACCCGCGGCAACUCGUACAACGAGUACCAUGAGUCGUACCCUAUGAAUCAGCGACGAUGA